GUGCGUAUUUUAGUUCCGGGUAUGUUUCGCUGAAGUAGGAACCUCAGUGGGUUUACCAGGAAAGGUGUGUCGUUUAGUGCUAAACCCAAACCCCUGUGUAUUAGUUACUUAAUGCACGAUACAGCGUCAUUAUUAAUGCAUUUUCUCUGAAAACGCCAUCAUAAGGGAGCAUGGCUGCGGUGCUACUGUCAGAGACGGAGAUCAGGCAUCGGUCUAUGGCAGAGGAGGAUCCGAACGGGAAUGAACAUGGGGCGGCUGCGCGCAGCACCGCGCCUCGCUGGGGCCCGCAGCACGCCGGGGCCCGACAGCUCGCCCAGCUUUACUCUCCGGGAAAGCGGCUGCAGGAGUGGAUGUGUGUGAUUCUCUGCCUCUCGCUCUUUGUUAUAAACCUCUCCUUCCUCUUCCUCAACUUUUCCACAGUGCACAUCUACAAAAUCAUUUUUGGCAUUGUGACUGGUAUUGUGACCGCAGACUUUGCCUCUGGGAUCGUACAUUGGGGAGCCGAUACAUGGGGUUCAGUGGACAUCCCAGUAAUCGGGAAGGCAUUUAUUCGCCCGUUCCGGGAGCACCACAUUGAUCCGACGGCUAUCACAAGGCAUGACUUCAUAGAGACUAAUGGAGACAACUGCAUGAUCACCAUCCUGCCUCUGGCCCACAUGGCCUAUAAAUUCCUCACCUACCCACCAGAUGCCCUUGCAGAGUCCUACCCCUGGGAAUGUUUUGUUUUUGCGUUGGCAGUUUUUGUUACCAUGACUAAUCAGAUCCACAAGUGGUCCCACUCAUACUUCGGCCUGCCACGCUGGGUCACGCUACUGCAGGACUGCCACCUAGUGCUGCCACGGAAACACCACCGGAUCCAUCAUGUGUCGCCACAUGAGACAUACUACUGCAUCACCACAGGGUGGUUGAACUACCCGCUGGACAGAAUGGGUUUUUGGCGGACAUUGGAAUGGUUGAUCGAGAGAUUGACGGGUCAGAGACCACGCAGUGAUGACAUGGCCUGGGCCAAGAAAACCGAGUGACCAGGAAAGCAGGACUGAAGCCCUUCCUCAUCCAUCUUUCCCCCUGUUGAGGGGAAACAGAAACAGAAUAUGAGAAUUACCUCUAUAUCCCAAAACCUCUCUCCUGUAAUGUUCUCUCCUGUGUCCCUCCAUCUCCCCUAAUCCGUCGUCCACACACAGAACCACAGAGCACUCUUACUGCUGGGGCCUUUUCCUGUCACACGUCUGCUGCACACAAGCCAUCACCUGUACCUCAUCUGCUGGCUUCCUCCUCUGUUUUGUAGAUGUCCACGCGAAAUGAAAUAGUAGAAAGAUGAGAUAAAGUUUAAAACGGUGGUUUCAAACUGUUGCGAUAAUGACGAGAGACACUGUUCCUCUCACAAUCAUUUCCUCAAUCUCCAUGUACUUUCUGAAUUCGGUGUGUAAAAUGUAUGUAUUCUGGAGGUUGGGCUCUCCAGAGGACCGAAACCAUGUUGUGAUUUUCCCAGCAUGGUUGUCAUGGCAGUGCAUGGAAUGAGAGAAGCAAUUAAAUGUGGAUUUGAUUCCAGAAACUCCAAGAAAAGAUUUAUUGCGAUCUCAGACACUCUCUCCAGUUUCACAGAAGCAUCUCGGCAGUGUUAAACCCUCCCUUAGUUUGGACCGAAGGAUGCAUGGAGGAUCCAUUCCUCAAAACACAGGGAAAGGGUUUUGUUGGCCAACCAGCAUGGUCAGUGCUCAGUUGACCCAACUGAAUGUUUCCCUGAAUGUUUCUUACUGAGCUCGUGUUGGCCUUAAGUACAAACCCAUUACACUUAUUUCUAAUCAGCUUACCGGGGCUUAGCGGUGAUGAACAUUGAUUGCAUCUCUGGUGUGUUAGUCUGACAUGUUAUUGAUAUUUGGAGUAGUAUUAGCAGUCUAGCUAGCUAGUGAUGUCCUCCUGCUGUAUCCUGUGGUACAACGGUAUAGCAAAGGUUGUGCUAGCGAAAGGUCAAUCUGAAUUUGAGUUCCCAAGCUUUAAGAGAAUCAUUAAUGUUUUUUUGUUCCCUUAUGGAAUGAUAUUUGCACUCUAUUUGACCAAUGGUAUUUCUCAUGCAAAACUAAAGUGAAAAAAAGCCAGAUACACUCCCCGUUUUUUCUCUCACACAUUCAUACUUAUGGAUUUUCAUCAUGAACCAUAAAAAAAACACUGAAUUUACAAUGAGUUUUUGUCUCUCAGUUUGCGAUGUACUGAUAAAUGGAGAAAAUAAGUGUUUCAGUAUGGAUUGUUUCACGUUCUGCAGCUCCACAGUUUGGUUUUCAUUGUCUGGCUUUAAAAAAAAUUAAUAACAAUCAUAGUACAAUAUAGCUUUCAGCCUUGUAUUUGUUAUUUGAUCUUAUUUUCCAUCUCGCAGCUAAUGCUUGCUGCUAGUCUGCCUUAAACCGAUGUUUUUAUUGGCUGUAUGAUUUAAUAAAUAU